AUGAGGACAUGUCGGAAUUUAGAAAGGUGUGAAAAGAAGCUCCGAUUGGAGGAUACAUCCUCGGAGCAAGAUCGAAUAAAGUGCAACUGGAAAAGUGGUGCGAUGGAACUCAUUAAUUUUGAGCCGCACGAUACCGGCAUAUACAAUUGCAAGACGCAAAGUGGCGCUGUUGCACAGAUCUUAGAUUACGACCUAUCUGUUCUUCCACACGAGGAUAACAUCACGGUGUUCCUCAGCGGGCAACACUGGCAACGCGACAGACUGAAUGUGCCUGAGUAUCCACAUAAGGAUGUGUUGAACAGGACCUAUCUCCCAGGCAGCGUGUAUGUCAACUGCCGGUUUGUGAUACCCACGGGAUAUGAUAAUUACACUGGGAUUCACUUUGAGUACAUAUUCAUCAACAUGGAGACGCAGGUUCCAUAUCAGCGUGUGGACACAUGGCAUUCGCUUCAAGGUAGGAAUAAUAUCACGUAUCAUAUACAUCGAAUAGAAAAGCACGACAACGCCGGCGUUGUGAACAAAUUUAAACUCCAAUGCUCGUUUCAAUACGAACCAACCUUUCGGCUAGUCCGCGAAAAUCCAAAACUACCAAAGGUGCAGAAGACCGUUUCUAACAUCGUGAUUGCAUACACCAGCCUCCAUGUGGAGCAGAAAAUUGUUGCCCCCGCUAUUCGCACGUCCCACGAAAAUGUGACUGACGCUCUGAGAAAAACGGAUGCGGUGUUCUCGAAUGUUGCACCAUUCCAUAUGUUGCGAUGCACCAUGAGAGAAGUGGUGCUUUCAGGCAGUUUUGUUGCUCUGCACUGUGCAGAAUCGUUCCGGUUCUCUGUGUGGAUCGUCGACAGGAAGAACAAGUCAUUGUAAUCCCACAGAUAUUGUAUAGUGAAUCAUAAAGCAGAGAGUGGAGCAAAUUUGAACUUGAUCGAUUCAUCGGAGGCGAUUCGCUCGGAGACGAUGACGGCUAGUUAGGUCUAGUGCAAUUGCAGUAUCCGACUGACAACGCUCUUAGGAUCCGUUUCCAACCACGAUCUCAUUUGUUA